CCCCUGUGUUUCAUCCAACACUGAAAAAACAACUUCUCAUUGAUCUCUUCCUAAAGAAAUAUCAAGAAGUUAAAAAAAAAAAAUGUCUUCUUCCCUCAGUUGGAAAUCGACACACUUGUUUUUAUCACUUUUUGUAUUGAUUUCUUUCAUUAAUGUGUGCUUUGCAUCAAGAAAGCUCACUGCUUUAGUCCAAGAUCAACUCUUGCAAUACCACAAAGGCCCACUUCUAUCAGGCAAAAUCUCAGUCAACCUGAUAUGGUAUGGCAAAUUCAAGCCAUCCCAAAGAGCUAUUGUAUCCGAUUUCAUCACCUCCCUUUCUUCUUCAACUCCAUCUAAAACCCAUCCAUCCGUAGCCGAAUGGUGGAAAACCACAGAAAAAUACUACCAUCUCGCCAAUUCCAAAAACACCCUUUCCCUCUCUUUGGGCAAUCAAGUGCUCCUCGAAAACUAUUCUCUAGGAAAAUCACUGACGCAGAAACAAAUCGUACAAUUGGCAUCAAAGGGUCAACAAAAAGACGCCAUCAACAUUGUUUUGACCGCCUCAGAUGUUGCCGUUGAUGGGUUCUGUGUCAAUCGGUGUGGGACCCAUGGGUCUUCCAAAGGUGCCAUUAUUAAGGGCAAAACUUACAAAUUUGCUUAUAUUUGGGUUGGUAACUCAGAGACUCAAUGUCCUGGCUACUGCGCUUGGCCAUUCCACCAGCCCAUCUACGGACCACAGAGCCCACCAUUGGGUGCACCAAACAACGAUGUUGGUGUUGAUGGAAUGGUGAUUAACUUGGCUAGCUUAUUGGCUGGAACCGCUACGAACCCAUUUGGAAAUGGUUACUACCAGGGCGAAGCUGAUGCGCCAUUGGAGGCUGCAUCUGCCUGCCCCGGGGUGUAUGCUAAGGGUGCUUACCCCGGCUAUGCUGGAGAUUUGUUGGUGGACAAAUCUACAGGUGCAAGUUACAAUGCGCAUGGUACAAACGGAAGGAAAUACUUGGUUCCUGCUCUAUAUGAUCCUACUACAUCUUCAUGCUCCACUUUGGUCUAGAAAAUCAGUAGCAGUAACAAGAUGAAAUUAAUCUUAGUAUAGUAGUGAAUACUGUAACUUUUGAUUCAUUCAUUUGUUUUAGGCUUAGUAAUUAAAGAGCAAAUUCAUUUGGCUUGCUUUCAGAAAUUCAUUCGUCCUUUAUCUCUUA